CUCCCACUCGUCUCUCCCCCACCCUCUCUUUCUUCUCUCCAUUUAUCUCACCCUUUCUUUCUUUCUUUCUCUCUAUUUCCUCUCUUCUCCAACUCUCCCAUUUUCUCUCUCCUCCACUUUCUCUCUCUUUUUUGCACACCAAUGGAAGCCUCCUCCUCCUCCGACGAGAGCUCCUUAUUUUCCGGCGAGGAGGCGCUGUCGACUUCGUCGUCAGGUAUAAGCAGCGGGAGUUCCGGCGAGAUUCCGGAAGCGGUGGUUGGAAUCUCCGGGGAAUCUCCGGCGAGAGAGAGGUGUAUAGGGAGGCACGAUAGGGUUACCUGGGGAUAUACUUCUGUGAUUGGUCGGAGACCUGAAAUGGAGGAUGCUGUUGCGGUGGUCCCAGGGUUUGUCUCUCGCACGUGCUCUCACGUGGGUGGUUGUGCUGCCCCUGCUUCUAGAACCUCCCUUGAACUCUCUCCUCUUCAUUUCUUCGGCGUCUUUGAUGGCCACGGUGGCCCCGAGGUUGCUGACUUCUGUGCUGAGAGAAUGCAUAAAAUUAUAGCAGAGGAGUUGAAUGGGGAAAUCAAUGAUGGAUUCGAGUGGCAGAAUAAGUGGACAGAAGUAUUUACCAGUGGUUUCAGGAAAGCUGAUGACCAGGUUGUCUCAGAAGCUAAAGCCUCGGAUAUGGUUGGAUCAACUGCUGUUGUAGCAGUCGUUUCUGGUUGUCAGAUCAUUUUGUCCAAUUGUGGGGAUUCAAGGGCUGUUCUUUGUAAAAGGACGCAGACCAUUCCUUUGACUAUUGAUCACAAGCCAGAUAGAGCUGAUGAAUUAUCGAGAAUCGAAGGAGAGGGUGGGAGAGUCAUAAACUGGCAUGGUGCUAGGGUGCUUGGAGUCCUUGCUAUGUCUCGAGCUAUAGGUGAUAGGUAUAUGAGUCCUUACAUAAUUCCGGAACCAGAGAUCACUUUCACAACAAGAAGUGAUGAAGACGAGUGUUUGAUAUUGGCAAGUGACGGGCUUUGGGAUGUCAUGUCUAAUGACGAGGUAGGCGAGGUGGCCCGCCGCCUCCUAAGGCGAAUGCGAAGGUCUAUGGUAUCCAGUGAUAUUUGUCCUGCACAAGUGGUGGCUGACAAUCUCAGGCAGCUUGCUAUCGGGAGAAACAGUUCCGACAACAUCUCUAUCAUUGUUGUUGACUUAAAGUCGAGGAGAAGAAAUCAAUCAAAGCAAUAAAAGUAGCAGGCAGGCAGGCAGGGUAUGCAAUAUUGAUUUUUCCUUCAUUUCUAUGAGGUCUGUUGCGGAACAUUCUUGAAAUAUAAGAUCGGGUGAAGAUUCCUUGAUAUAUUAGGUAGCCCUCAUCAGCUAUUGUUUUUUUUUUACUGUACAAAGCUGACUGCUGGUGGGGAUUAAUGCUCCUGAGUAGUCCCUGACUGUGAAAUCUGUAUUACUGCAAAUUAUAUUGGAUCAACCCUCUAUUUUAGUUGGUUUGAUCUGAACUUCCGAAGUGGAUAUGACAAAAAAUGAAAAAAGAAAUCAAACUAUUGAUGUUCUGCAA